CUUAGAAGUUAGGAUGGUUAAUUGAGUUAGAAUUUGGGUACUAAUUGGGUUUUGUUCUAAUUUUGGUUCACGAUUCGGUUUGUGUUAUUGUCUGCCGUUACACCAACAUAAAUAAUAUACUAAAUGGGUUAUUCGGUUCAACACGAGUAACCACAACAUCACAAAAACCGUAACAUUCGAAUUUUCGGGUAACCUCAAUGGUAUUGAUGCCGAUUGCUACAAAAAAAGGUAUCGAUUCGAGUUCCAGCAAUCGACCAAUUCGAUUCGAUUAACUGAAAUCGACCCGAUUGCCAACCCAAGUAAAUGCUUUUAGUUAAAAAUUAAAUCUAAAGAUGAAGGUAGCUGCAUUUUUUUUUUGUUGUUGGUAGAAUUAGAAUCAUUUUCAUUUUUGAAUUGUCGAUUAGUGAAAAAUGUGUUUCUCCGCUGGGGAAUUCGUUUCACCAAUCCAAAUCACCCGACCUCUGAUGCCAUAUUGCACGUGCAAGUCACGAAGAAAAGUACAAAGCAAAACCAAGGACAAAAAUAAAUGUCUGGGUGGAAAAAAAAUAAUUAAAAAUGCAAACCGAGUCAGCCAAACUGAGUUGCGCCGAACCGGGUGGGGAUCCGAUUCGGAAGGGGGUGAGUUACUGAGUGGGACAGGAAAUGAGGGAGAAAGCCAACUCGUUCAUUCAACUUUUUAGGUCAAGUUGUGUAUUUUAAGGUUUAAAAAGCACUGUUGACUGUAGCUGUAAGGCGAGCAGUUGGUGGGGAGUGAGGUAGGGAAGAAAGCCGAGCUCUGGGGUUUGGCUGAUUGGGGGAAAGGAAAGGGAAGAGAGGAAAAAGAGAAGAGAUUCAGAGGAGGAAGAAGAAGAAGAAGCGUUUUGGUGGUGGCUGGCUGGCGGUGGACGGCGGUGGUGGUAUAGAUCUGAAGACCGCCGGAGGAAAUUUCUUUCUUUUUCUUUCCCUUUCUCUUUCAAUCGGGUCUUAUCAUUCUAUCAUGAUCUGAUUGACCAUUUCUCUUUCUCUCUCUCUCUGUCAAUCCCACUCACUAUAAUUACCCCGAAAAGUCGCAAAACCACAAACUGAAGAAUGCCUUCUAGGCCUUACUUCCACAAGAUAAUUCUCCCCAGAACCGUUCAGGACAGGAAGCUGAGGAUCCCAGAUAACUUUAUCAAGAAAUUUGCAAAUGACCUCACUCCACUUGUCAGGCUGACUGUUCCGGAUGGUCAUGUGUGGCGUAUAGGAAUAGUAAAAGCUGAUGAUAAGUUUUGGUUUCACGAUGGGUGGCAUGAUUUUGUCGAGAGUUACAAGAUUCGUGUUGGCUACAUGCUGAUUUUCAGAUAUGAAGGAAAUGCAAUCUUCAAUGUUCAUAUAUUCAAUUUGUCUGCUUCUGAGAUAAACUAUCAAACUAACACUCUCAGUGGGAAAAGAUGCCUUCUAUUUGAUGAUUUGGAAGAUGAGGACUCUGCCGAGUACUUGAAUCCCUUGCCGGUCUACCAAGUUCCCUACACAAUGAAAGCAAAUCCGCAUUUGACCAGAGUAACGAAUGUUCCACAACCAGCAACUCGGCCUGCUAGCGAUGGGAAUCUUCAGUUUAAUGCAUUUGAUCAACGAAAUGCUUCAGAUGCACCACCACCACCACCAGUAAAAGUUCCCAAGAAACGUGGAAGAAAAAGGAUAAAGCCUGAUCCAAAUGCAGCUGAACAACAACAGCCCUCUGCCCUAAAAUCCCAAGAAGAUGGAGAUAUGCGCCUCAGAUUCUAUGAAAGUGCCUCAGCGAGGAAGAGAACUGUGACGGCUGAAGAAAGGGAAAGAGCAAUAAAUGCAGCCAAAACAUUUGAACCAGAAAAUCCUUUCUGCAGGGUUGUGUUGCGACCGUCUUAUUUAUACAGAGGUUGCAUUAUGUAUCUACCAUCCGGCUUUGCGGAGAAGCAUCUCAAUGGAGUUUCGGGAUUCAUCAAGCUUCAGUUUACUGAUGGGAAGCAGUGGCCUGUUCGAUGUCUUUAUAGAGGAGGGAGAGCUAAACUGAGCCAGGGAUGGUACGAGUUCACCUUGGAGAACAAUAUAGGGGAAGGAGAUGUGUGCGUCUUUGAGCUGAUGAAAUCGAGGGAUGUUGUGCUGAAAAUAACUGUGUUCCGAGUCACGGACACUGCUGGCAACUAUCUCAACCACCAUCGAUCAGCUCCUGCUCCGUCGAGGCACUAGAACUUAAAGCUGGGGAUCCACAUCAUAGCAUAGAUUAGGAAGGCUGGAACUGGUGAGAACUUCGUCUCUUUCGCGUUGCUGUUGAUGAUCUGUCAUGGAAGUCUCUCUGCUGGCACAUUGCAAUGCUGUUGAUGAUUGUCUAUAAGAAAAAAGAAAACGCAUCUGCAAAUUAGCUGGAAGCUUCUUCAUUUGUUAAUUUAGGGUGCUUUGUGCACGGCAUUUUUUUCCGUGGGUUUGAUAGGGCUGUAAAUAGACUGCUCCAAUCAAGAAGGUAUCAAGCUGGACCAGAACCAUCAGAUCUUUGUGUGGCAGCUCUGGUUCCUUUUCAGAUUGCUAUGUUUGAUUCCAAUUCCAUGCUCUUUAGGGUGUAUGCAUGGUUUGUUCGCCAGAUCUUUGUGUUCUGCUUUUCCGGUUUCUACCCUGCUUCUGCUUUGUUUCGCUGUCUCGACGCAUAGAUCAUUGUAAGACUUUCACAGGGAGUCGUGAGUAUUGAACUAACGAUUAGGUGUCCAUUCCAGAUGUAAAAUUUGAGUCUUGUUUUAGUCUCGAAUCCUUUUGGUCCAUUGGAAAGUCGUAAUAGUCUUGUUUUAGUCUCGAUAUAUUAAUCCAGGUCAACACUCGACGACCAAAGCAAGCUAACCAAAGGGUGGUUGCAGUUUGUAUGGGAAAAUAAGUUGGGAAGAAGGAGAUGUCUGCAUCUUCAAGCUGGUUUGAUGCGACCAACGUUGUCUUCAAAGUGAUCAUAUUUGGGGUAAAAAGUAGAGUGGCCUUUUUUUACUGAAGGAUGCAUCAGAAAGGGCCAAAUAAGGAAAGCUGGGAUGAGAGGUUUGACGUUUGAGUGGUGAAAUGGCUUCAUCAAUCAUGGCAGAAGAGAUUUCGUCUGAUUAAGUUUCAGAGAUGGGUAGAAGAAUCGAGUGGGUAAAUGAAGGUUACUCAUGAAGAGAACCGUUGGAUCAUAGCCUUACUUUUCAAUCCUCACUCUGUAAAUGAGCGCAAGUCAUCAUUUCAAGAAGCCAAAAAGCCAGGUAAAAAAAACAGAGCAAUUACACAUUUUCGACUCUGUGCCUGCAAAACAGAGGUUUGAUCCUGUCAAGAUAUCUCUUGUUUCCCCUUCCUUGCAAACAAAUUCUGAAUUCCUACAUUUCUAACAUAGUGAUAAGAAAGCAGCAAACCUGAAACCUCAUAAAAGCAGAGCUUAAAC